AUGGCGGUGUCUGCUGCCAACCCGUUGUUGCUUGAUCUCUCUGGUACCUGCUCGGCUGGGGGAACCGUCCCCGGUGCUACCACCUUUGAACAUUCACAGUUGCAAAAGAAAGUGCAUUUUGUCUCUUCCCUGAAGAAAAUCAAGAUAGCUAUGUUGGUUGAUGAGUGUAGAAGAUCAGUUGUUCUUCAAGAAAGGAUGGAAACUUUGUUUAGGAAAGCAGAGGAGCUAUCUGUUCUAUGUGGCGUAGAAAUUGGUAUUGUUGUUUUCAGUCCUGAUCAGAAAAAUGUUGAAUAUGAGUGGCCACCAAGAGACAAAUUUAAACAACUCUUGAUGAGGUUUCUAGAUAAACCACUGGUAGAGAGGCUUAAGAAGUUGACAACAAAUGAAAUGUUCCUCAGGAAAGAGAUGGAGAAGACUAAGAAAAAAUGA